AUAAAAUCAGAAAUUGAAAAAAGCAGGAAUUCUAAUUAAAUAAAGAUAUCCAUAAAUUGAACACAAAAAGAAUAAAUAAUAAAUGAACGAAGAAAAUUUUAAAAAGAUUUUAAGAAACUAUUUUUAGGUGCAUAAUAAAAUUUAGUAUUUUAGUGAUAAUUUUAAUGAAAAGUGUGAUGAGAUUUGGAUAGGUAGCAGACAAAACAAAAGUUUUUAAACAAAAUGCAAAAACACAAAUAAUUUUAAUGAAAAUUUAAAAAACUUAAUAUAAGAUAUUGAUAUCUCUGAUAUACCAUAUUACUGCAGCGAAUGCUUAACAGAGAUAGAAAAUUAUUUUAAAAGCACAACCCACAUAAAAAUAAUAAGAUUCUUUAACUUAGAUAGCAAUAUGCAAGCAAAUAUAAUUGCUUUAGAAAAAAUAAUUUAUCCUUAGUUAAAUAGCCAAUAUUUUUAAUACCUAAGUUUAAAAAUAAAGAAAUUCGAAGGAGAUUCAAUGAAACAAUUAAGUUUAAUUUUAAAUCAAUCUAAAUACCUAUAGCAUAUUUCUUUAUAUUUAGAAAAAGCUUCGUAACCCCAUUAGUUAGAAAAUGGAUUAAAAAAUAACAAAAGUUUAAAGAGUUUAUAUUUAGAUUUUGGUUAAAUGAAACUAAAUUCAGAUUAAAACCUCAUUUAAUCAGCUAUAAAUGGUAUAUCAUAAAAUGAUACUUUGCAAACUGCUUACUUAAAUCUUUCGGAAUGUGAUAUUUAAAAUGUAAAUAUAGGAAAAAUUUUUUCCAAAACCUCUCAGCUGAAGACAUUAAUUCUAAAUUUAUUCUCUGCAGAAACUAACUCAACUUCUUUGAAACUAUUUGGGAUGGGAAUGAAAUAAGGAAAAACAAUAAAACACCUAUUUAUAUUAUUAGAAAAAAUCUAUAUAAGAGUUGGUGAAGCUUAAGAAUUCUCUAAAGGGCUUUAAUGUUUAUAGAAUUUAAAGCACUUGGAGUUAACAAUAAGAUAAAAUAAAAUGAGUGACGAUAACGCAUCAAUAAUUGCUUAGUCUCUAUAGAAAAUCUAAAAUUUAUAGAAAAUCAAAUUAAAAUUAGGACCUGAAUUUUAAAAUGAGCCUUCUCAUAUUAUUUCUCUACUAAAUAAUAAAUCAAAGAUAAAAGAAAUUUAGGUGAAGUUACCACUAUUGUUUAUUUAAGAAUUUUGUUCUGAACUGAAAUUUUCUUAAGAUGAGUAUUUAAGAGUAUUAUCUUUGAAAAUUAGAUAGAGUGAAAGCUUUUCAAAAUUAUUACCUUCACUUCUUUCUUCUAAGAUCAACCUUUAAAAGCUUAUCCUAAAAGGGUUUUAUGAAAAAUUUUAGUAAGGUGAGGAAUUAGGAUUUCAAAUUAAUAAAUUAUAAUAGCUUGAGCAUCUAGUGAUAAAAACAUAUGUGAUGCAUUUAAAUUGCUUCUAGCACAUUAAAUAAUUACCUCAUCUAAAAUAUUUAAAAAUUGAAAUUUCUAAUAUAUAAAAUUCAGAAAAAUACAUUAAAUAUGUUGAGAAACUAGUGAAUAACUGCCCACUAUUAGAUAUAAUUGACAUAAAAAUUUCAAAUUAUACAAUAGCUUUAGAGCAUUAGUUUUGUUAGAUUACUUAUGGAAAAAUUUUUACGACAAAUAUAUCUAACAUUCUGUGUUAUAUUGAUAAUUUGGUGUCUAAAUAAAAGAAAUUAUUGAAAUUUGAAUUCCCUGCUAUGCUCUAUAGAUUGAAUAAUGAAUAAAUAGUGAAGGUAAUCUAAAUAAUCAAGAAAAUAGUUGAUUCAGAUUCAAAAAUUUGGUACUUUGAUUUAAGUGAAAUAGAUCGAUUGCAAACUCUUUAAGGUUUGAAAGAUAUCUCUCAAGGGUUAAAGUAUGAGUUUUAUAAGAUCAUAGCUUUUAAUAAUGAAAUAAGAGAUUAAUUGGUUUAUAAUCCAUUUUUUAUUUAUUACGAUUUAUACACAUGAGUAAUGAAUUUAUAAUUAAUUAUUUAUUCUGCAAAUUAAGAUUGUUUUAUGAAAAUAGAUGAUAAACAAAAAAUCUACUUUUUUUUGUUAUGAUUUUAUUUAAAUUAGUUUAUUAAUUGUGUGUAUUGUA